UCCAUCGCACACAAGGGGAUCGGGUGUGCCGCCCCGCCGUCUAUGGCCUGCCGUGUUUACAUCCCGCCGCGGCCGCCUGGAACCUUCCGAAGCCAGCCCGUGCCGCCGCCAGCCCGGGCAUGGAUAAGCCGCAGGUCCUGGUGUACGUGGAGCAGAGCCUCGGCUACAGCGCCUUCGACGUGCGAUGGGUGCCGCGCAGUGCCAAGGUGGUGGCACUGGGCAGCCACCCGCGCGGCACGGGGGCCCUGCAGGUGUACGAGCUGAACGAUGGCAAGCUGGAGCUGGUUCAUGAUGUGGAGCGGCCCAAGGCUUUCAAGUGUGGGACCUUUGGGGCGUCCUCACUGGAGGAGCGACACCUGUGUGUGGGAGACUUCGAUGGCAAGAUGGAGAUCUAUGACCUACAGAGUCCAUCAGGCCCAAUCUAUUCCGUCAAGGCUCACAGCCAGAUUGUAAACACCAUUGAUGGGGUAGGAGGACUCAACAUUGGGAAAGGUGCCCCAGAGAUUGCCACGGGAAGCAGAGAUGGUCUAGUCAAGGUGUGGGAUCCCAGACAGAAGGAUCGACCAGUUGUUACCAUUGAGCCUAAGGAGGGAGAGCAGGGACGGGACUGCUGGAGUGUGGCGUUUGGAGACUCUCACAGCACCGAGGACCGAACUCUAUGUGCCGGCUUUGACAAUGGAGAUGUCAAGAUGUUUGACCUGCGCACCAUGGCCGUCCGCUGGGAGACCAACCUCCAGAAUGGUGUCUGUUCCCUGGAGUUUGACCGCAAAGAUAUUCAAAUGAACAAGCUCCUUGCCACCACUCUGGAGUCCAAGUUCUAUAUCUUUGAUGUGAGAACACUCCACCCUGAGAAAGGGUUUGCCAAGCUGGUGGACCAAGGCCACAAGUCAACAGUAUGGUGCGGCAGACACCUACCCCAGGACAGGGACGUGUUUGUCACCACAGGAGGGAAUGGGUCUCUCAUGCUGUGGAAGUAUUCCUACCCUCAGUCACGAGUGAAGAAACUGGACGAUGGCUCGGAGGUGGGUGUGGUAGGCACGGCUGUGCCGCUGCAGAACACGACCCUUGCCUCCCAGCCCAUCACAAGCUUCUGCUGGAGCCCUGACAAGACAGGGCUCAGCGUCUGCUCUGGCCUUGAUCAGACCAUCAGAGUUGUUAUUGUUACAAAGCUCAAGACUGUGUAAUAAAUGAACUUAUAAGAUACAUACUUUAUGGACUCUUACUUCUGGUGAUUUGUAUUUUCUCUGCAAAUCAUUUAAAUAUUACUGGUAUGCUCAAACCUUAAAUUGGAGUUGGAUUGUUUCAACACCCUAAAUUCCAUAAUUUGCAAGGAAAUACACCAAAACAAUUAUCAUAUAACACUGUCUGCCUGGAAUUACCUGUGAUAUGACAGUAUUCCUCUGUCUCUGUUGUCAGGUGGCUAUAUUUUGUAAGAAAUGACCACCAGUAUUAUGUCUCUUCCUAAUCAUCAACACUGCCGUUUUGAAAUCAUUGUGGACAUCAGUGCUGCAUUAUAAAUUCAAGUUGAUGUGUACAUGAUUUUCAUCCAUUAUCAGUUAAAUUUAUUUUUUGACUUUCUACAAACCCAAAGUUAAUGUUGAUAAUGUAUGAUCCCUGAUGUUGAAAUUCUAAUACAUGUUGGACAUUUAAAGUACUGUUGUACCACUAAACUCUCCAUCAAAGAUCAGUGUCUGGGCCUUCCUCAUCUUUGGUUGUCCUUACAGACAGACAGACAUCCAUGCAAUACAUGACAGGGCAAUGUGUCCAAGUGUUGGCGUGAACAGGGUGGUCUGGAGCAUUAAUUCUGUGUUAGCUAAGAAGUCUAUUUUUCUAUUAGAGCAAACCACAAUCACCACACUACUGCAGUGCAUUUCUUAACAGUAAAAUAAGUACAUAUUCUUAUUUUUUUACCUUACAUUGUGUUAGAGAGAAUGUAAAUUAAGACUUAUCAUUGAGGCUUGCUGUACUAGCCAUGCUUUUCCUAUAUGCAAUGUUGCAUAAAAACAACACUUUGAAUAAUCAUUUUGAAAGUUGAACACUUUCAUCCUCUAAAUGACUAAUGAAUAUAUAAAUUUAAGCUGUUAUAAUUUGUUUGAGUAAUGACAUGUUUUGAAGAACAAACUAAUCACACUUACCACAUUUCAAAAGAAAUUAUUGACUUUGGCAAGGAGAGGCGACAUAACUUGGGACAUAACCAUCUGUCAAUCAACCCUUUUUCCCUUAGUGUAAGUAGCCCUUGCAUUAUUGACUAGUGAUGGGCCAUACCACCAGAUUUUUGUAAUCACGAUUACUGAUUACUCUGGCAAUAAGUUAUCGAUUAGUAGUCAAUUAUCUUUACGAUUACUGGAUCUGAGAUUAUGGUUUUGUUUUUUCAGUGCCCCUCCUCACUGUGCCAAUCCAGUUCCCAGCACCCACUAUCAUUACUGCAGUGUUGUACAAGUUCAUACCACCCCAGGUGCCCCCUUGGUGUUUCUGUUUCUCAAUUUUCCAAGUUACAUUCUUUUUUCAUUGGUGCAUUAGUGGCAUUGAAGAAAAUGUUCAAACCAUAUACUCAGAUUUUCCAUUAUUUCUCAAACAUUUUCUGAUAACUUUAACGUAAAUAGAAAUUUUUUAUUGUAAUCAUUUCAAGGAUUUAAUUACUGAAAAAAUAAUUGACUACAAUAAUUUUUGAGAUGGUAAUCGAAGUAAUUGCUUACAAAUACUAAUCAAUUAUACCCACCACUAUUAUCAGCCCCUCUCAUAGGUCUAUACAUUUUACCUGUAGUGUAGCGGUUGUAGCAACCAAUAUUUGAUUAGUAGUAGCAACAGUAGUAGACAACUCACACCUGUCCAUUUCUUUCAGGAUGCUCAUCAUUUGCUAUAGUAGAUGAUUUCUAGAAUUCCUUGGACAGCCGAGUGACUCCUUUGUCUAGUGUUGAACUCUCAACCAGAUUACAAGUUCAAGUUCCGGCACAUGGCAGUUUCUUGGUGUUGGACACAGCAUUUCCUUAGAAGUCUAGCCAGGCUAGUCUUAGCUUCUUUACCUUAGGGAAGCUGAGCCUUAUUUCUAGCACUUCCUCUAUAUAAAUUACAGUAGUUCACCACCUCUCAGCAUAUCAGUUGAUAGCUCAGGAGUAGACCUGUCUGUAGUGUGUGACAGCUAGCAGACCAUGGUGCUAUGUAGUGUUAAAAAUAUACAAAUGAUGAUGGUUGACCCUUAACCUUGUCUAUCCCUCAGUAAGAGAGACUGCAACAUUAUAAACAUUUGUCAUUGAAGGAAUGAAAAUAAAAAUGAUGGCUAACA